AUGGACGAAUUCUGCGAACGCAUGAAACAAUGGAGUCGUGAUGAUGGUGACCCCAUUCGUCAUGCCUUCAGUCUUGGUCAAUUACUAUUAAGGGAGGAUCCAAAUUCUAGAGACGCAGAUGGUACCACACGUGGUAUAUUUCUGAUCGGUGAUCAAAGUGCUUCGAAAUCUACCACUGUAAAUAGUAUUAUAAAACAAGUCGCUCUUCAAAUGGGCGGUAAUACUGUCACUAAAAUAAGAACUUGGAUUGAGCAUAGGUACGACCCUGAUUUGGAAGAUGCAGAAUAUGACUUGCUGUUAGAGUACGAUGCGCCAGAAAAUAACGAAGUGCUCUUUCGUAAUGGUAAUUUACAAGAUUUAACCAGUGAAUUCACGAGACUUAAUAACAGUAGUUUGGAUGAUAAAAAGGAGGCUCGAAUUAUUAUUCGCUCUAACGUUCCAUCUUUUGCAAUAGAUUGCUGUGAUAAUCCGGGAUUGACACCAAAAAAUAUUGAAACCCAAAAGAUCACUGAUAAUAUUACACGUCAUACGUUGGAAAAAGUGUUAGAACGUCAGAAAUCACAAAAUGACAGUAUAGUACUGUUAUGUAUCUCAGCAAAGUUUAUAGAAAAUCUAUCUUGGACUCGACACAUUGAAUUAAUUGAAAAAAUUAAUGGUGAAAAUCUAAUCAUCCUUGUUACAAGAAUGGAUCAAAUAAAUGUUAGUGGGAUUGCUCAAGAAAUAAGAGAUAGAAUAUUAACUGGUGGUGAUUUUGUUAGGCCAGGGAAAAUUGACAAUAAUAGUAACAAAUCUAAAGGAAAAAAAUCCAACAAUAAUUUAACAAAUAGUGAACCUAUUCGUUGUAGCUCUUGGAAUAUCCUCGAAUUCAUUCGCUCAAAAAUUGAGCAACUAGCUGAGCGUAACUUCUCAAAUGGUGUGCAGUUUCAUUACACGGCUUCCAGUAGUGAAAAUUGGGAAACAUUGUUGGAACACGGAUGGAAAAAAUUUGAGGAAUCAGAACGUAAAAAUAAUAAAGAUAUGAUUGAAAUUCUUUGUGAUAAAGAUGAAUGGAAUAAGUAUGGCAUUGAACUAAUUCCAAUGAAUGAUAGAGAAAAAAUGGAAUUCGAGAAUUCGGUUGGAAUGAUGAAAUUACAGGAAAAAUUACUCCAGGCAUUACAUGUUCAUAUUUUAAAAGCUGCAGAAGAUCUCAUGAAUUAUACAUCUGAAUGGAAAUCUAACAAAAUAACAGAACUGAAUAGUUUGCUAAAAGAUAUUAAGUCUACUAAAGAUCGAUCAAAAUUGAUAACUUCGUUCUGUAAACAAUUUAUAGUUGUUUUUCAAACACUUUUUGCUUCACCAUUAUAUACCCCAACUAUUCAUUCUGAUCCUUGGUUGAAAAAAUUUGGAGAUUCGAUCAAAAUGGCACGAGAAUCUAGUGUAGAAUAUGGAUGGUCUUUAAAGGAUAUGUGGACGAUUUUUGAAACUCUAAAGGGCACUAACGGAUUUGCAGAAUUUCCUCCUCAAGAAUUUUGCGACUCGGAUUUUCAAUACUAUAUGGACAACAUUGAGAAUUACAUCAAUCCUGCUGACAUUCAUUUUAAUACAGCGCAGAUGUUAAUACAGAGGUUAUCACAAGAAUAUACAUUGCGGUCAUCUCUUAUUAGUCUACAAAAACUUGAUGUUGAUAAAUUCGUUUCACGCCAAGUGCAAGCAUCAACAGCAACUCAAUUAAGUUUUGGUCCUGCAGUUGAUCAAAAAAUUAGCGAAGAUUAUGGCAAAAUUUUUUGUAUAUACGAAAAGCAUGAAAAAAAGAACAUUAACAAAGUUUCAGGAAAUUCUAUCAAAAUGCGCGGAGGUAAUCAAUGGGUGUCUGUUUUCGGUGCUAUGUGUUUAUUAUUACAUGCAGAAUAUACUAUUCAUAUCAUGCGCGACACUGAUUUUUCUCUUCUGUUACAAUCUCAAAGCGAUGAUCCGAUGCAAGGUAUUCUGAUUUCCAGAUUUAAGCGAUAUUGGGAACUUAGCGCUGAAGAGGAAAGUUCGGCAGAACAGCAAAGUACGGAGAGACAAAUUGCAAAUAUUAUGGAUUCAAUGCAAAAAUUGAACUCUGAAACAUCUGAAACACCUAAUUUAGCUACUGUAUCACCCAUUGAAGAUAUAUCAUGGGCAAUCUACGCUAUGUUCUUUGAGAACCCAUAUCUCCAUUUAAAGAAGACAUUAGAUGUACGUACUGACCUAUUAGUAAUGACACAUGCUACGUCACUUGUUCAUUGUUAUCAGUUGGGUGGCAUCUGCGUGCAUAGAGACGAAGAUUACCUGAUGAAAUGGGCAGCUGAUAAUCCGAAUUCUGCUUAUUCAAGAGCAUUUUUGGUUGAUUCUCCAAAGAACAGGCUUUAUCUUAAUUUAAUGAUUGAAAACCUUAAAAUGUUCCAGAGAGGAAAAAAAGACAAGGAAUCACAGACAAAUUCGGAAGGUGAAACACGAAAAAAGCCCUUGAUUUUUUCAACCCUUUCAGAAACAAUGAUUGACAGAGUCAGAUUUUCGUUACGAGGAAAACCUCCAGAUCGGGAAGACAUGGUAACACUAUUCAAAGAACUUACAGAUAUGGGCAAAAAUCCGGACUCCUUUGAUGAGCCGGAAAGCAAGACUAGCUUUUCUGAAAAGGAAGAAAAUUCUGUCGAUUAUGUCUAUAGGCGCCGUCUGACUAUGGGAAUUUCAAGCAGUAUCACUGAUGUUAUCCAGCAACUUGCAAAAAUACAAUACGAGUUUAGUCAUCAACAAACUGCUGAAACUCUAAAACGUGAACUACUUGGUCGUGUUGCAUCUUUAUUACUUGGUUAUAAAUAUCCUUAUCACCCUGAUUAUCGCCCUUCAUCUAAAUGGUACCUCUCACCGGAAGUAGUUAUACGAUUUCUUCUUGCCAAUGAAUCAGUCUUUGAAAACAUGUCAGAAUCAAACGAAUACAAAUGGAAACUUUUGCUUGAUCCUCGGAUAUUGGAAUCUCCCCUUGUCAAACGCGUUAUUAGUUUGAGUAAAUCACCCGACUAUUCAUUGAAAAAUCUCACUAACGGUAGUAAUUUCAUGUCUGUGUCAUAUCAUAUUAAGCGGCUCUAUAUGGCAGAAUCUGACGAAUUGGAUGCAUAUAUUAUCGAAUUUCUUGCCAAUGAUCGAUUUAAUUGGCUCCCAGAUGAAGAAAACCUGAAAAAAAGAGAGAAGGAUUUAAGAGAUGCUAUAUAUAAAUAUAAUAAGUUUCAUCAUUAUCUUAAAGAAUACAAAAAUGCUGCAGAAGCAGUUUUUUUGGGUAAACAAAAAGAUUUUGUACCUAAUCUAAUGUUUGAUGAAGGGGAAGCGAUUGCUGAGAUUAAUGGAUUCAACUGA